GCGUACGUAUCCCAUGCUUUACGUGCGCGUUCUCGUGGACUCCAGGCAACGGCGACCCGUGGCUCGCCCGCGCACUCAGCGCAGUUAUGGCCGACGACUUGGAUGAUUUGCUAGAUGAGGUGGAAAGGAAAUUCUGCAAAAAUGUUCUGCUGACGUCUCCCUGCGAUAGGAAGGACGAUGCCAACAACCUGGCAAAGGUGAAAGAGACCAAACGUGAGCGGGGAAAAGAAACAUCCAGAGUAACUCAAGAAAAUGACUACGGCGAUAUUGAUGAUUUCAUUGAAGAAAUAUUUGCAGACUGUGAUGAGGUUCAAAUAUCUAAAGUCAAAACAACAAGCAGUUCAAAUAGCAAGGUACCUUGUCCUGCAGUUGGCAGAAAGUGUUCUCCAGUGUUCUUGGGUGGGAGUGCUAUGCCAUGUGGAAUAGCAACAAGCAUUUCUCAAAGGUCUUGUAAUCGCUUACGAUGCACUGCCUGUGACUUCCGUGUAACAUUGUUUGAUGAUUUUGAAUGGCAUCCAUCCUGUGACUCCUUAUUUUUCAGGAACAACAUGCCAGAUCCUAAUAAGCUAAAAGCUAAACUAAUGAAAAAAAGAGGUGCACGAGCCUACUCUUGUCAGUGUAGUUGGCGAACAAUAGUGAAUAUGACAGACCUGAGAACAGAACAGGAGCUUAGGUGGGUUUGUGGUAAACAUGAAACAUAGUUGUUUUUUUCCCUAAAUAAUUACUGUCUAUUAAUCUGUUUUUAUAUAGACCUGCAUUAAGAGUAUCACUUUAUAUUUUUAAACGACUACCCCAAGUGCAUACUGUAUAUGUGUAUAUAGAGUCUACAAUACCUAGUAAUGAUUCUUCCAGUGAUUUGAAUGAAGUAAUCAGCAAAAUGUAAUAAAUGGCAAAACACUUUGUAUGUGCAUAUUUUGUAAGUAUUUGUAUAAUUAUAUUUAAAGUUUAUAUUUAAUGAUUUGUUACAUAAUUUUUUUUUUUGAGAUAUUAGAUCAGUUAUUGAGAAUUACUUCUGUUGGGAUUUUUCUGAAAAAUUAUGUAUUGGGGAAGGUAUCACUGUAAAUAAACACAUUUUAAAAUCUG